AUGGACACAGAUAAAGAGAAAUCCACUGUCCCUGAAAAAUCCCAGAGUUUAGUAUCUAGAAACAAUGAAAAAGAUGAAAACAAUGAAGAUUGUGAUCAGAACAAUCAAAUCGCCACUGUUGAAGCUCCGGAACCACCACCAGACGGUGGUGCUGAAGGAAAACAAGACAAUGCUACCGGUGAAGCCAAACAAGACAACGCUGUUGCAAACCCUGAGACGGAGAUCAAAGAGGGAGAAGAGCCAACUGAUGUAAAGAACCAAGAGUCUUCUCCUUUGCCUCCUGAUCUCAAUAAAGUAUCUGAAGAAAUUGACCAAUAUAUCUCUAAUUUGUCCACCUCGAAACAUGAUGAUUCCAAUUCCCCCGACGUGCCUAUUUUCAUUGAACAUUUUGCCAUUCUUGUUGAAGCAAAGAUUGAAGACUAUGAUUCCUGUGAUAGUCCUGUGAAAUGGAGUAAGCUUUCUGAACAAGAAUCGACUUCAUUUCUGGAUUCCGUCAAUCGGGUUAGUAGGUUAUCAACUGCACUCUCUGAAUUCUCUUGUGAUUAUAAAUAUGCUUAUACAAUUAAUCGAAUUGGUGGGGUUCUCCAACGUGCAAUGUCCUACUUUGAGGAAGAAUUCAGAUCACUUCUUGAAGAUCAUAAAUUGUCGAAUUUGGAUCAUAAUAACAAUGAUUCGAAGCCGAAGCAAUCUACAUCAUCAAACCCUAAUCAAGACGCACCAGAACCUGGCCCUGUAGAGGAAACUAAUUCUUCAGCAUACUCGGAAGAAAAUUUAUCAAACUUGAUUAGAUUAUCCAGGGCAAUGAUUGUAGGAGGCUAUGAAUCUGAAUGCCGUUUAGUGUAUUUUGUAGCAAGAAGAAAUGCAUUGGAGGAAAGUUUGCAUAAGCACGGAUUUGAAAAACAUAGCAUUGAUGAUGUGCAGAAAAUGCACUGGGAAUCAUUGGAGAGAGAGAUCGUGGCCUGGCUCAAGAUUUUCCGGCAAUACGCCGCAGUGCAUUUUCCGAGUGAGAGGAAACUCUCCGAUGCCAUUUUCUCGGACUAUCCAUUGAUAUCGGAGAGCCUGGUUAGCAGCCUGUCACGAAACAUGGUGAUUCAGCUCCUGACUUUCUCCAAGGCUGUUGCAAUGACAAAACGUGCUGCUGAAAAACUGUUCAAAUUUCUUGAUGUUUAUGAGGUUUUGAGAGAUGUUGUUCCGACAAUGGAGAGUUUAUUGUCAGCAGAGAUUGUGGACGAGCUUAAAGCGGAGACAUCGUUGAUUCGGAGCUGGUUCGCAGAGUCAAUGAUUUCCAUUUUCGGUGAACUUGAAAACUCGAUUAAGGCUGACUCAGGUAAGACCCCAGUUCCAGGUGGUGCAGUUCAUCCAUUGACUCGUUACACCAUGAAUUAUCUCAAAUAUGCAUGCGAGUACAAGGAUUCAUUAGAGCAAGUUUUUAGAGAACAUCAGAAAAUUGAUAGAGUCGAGUCCGCAACAGGAUCUGAAUUCGAAUACAAUCCAGAAACCCAAGCCCAGAGUGCUAACAAUGAUCAGACAGUAAAACAAUCCCCAUUCCAACUGCAGAUGAUGAAGGUGAUGGAUUUAUUGGAUGCGAAUCUUGAUGCUAAAUCAAAACUUUACAGGGACAUUUCAUUGAGCUCCAUUUUCAUGAUGAACAAUGGACGCUACAUAUUGCAGAAGAUCAAAGGAUCAACCGAAAUAAACAGCUUGAUGGGCGACACGUGGUACCGGAAAAGAUCAUCGGACCUCAGGCAAUAUCACAAAUGUUAUCAGAGAGAAACUUGGGGAAAAUUAUUGAGUUGUUUACAUCCUGAAGGAUUGAGUGUUAAUGGUAAGGUAGUGAAGCCAGUUCUCAAGGAGAAAUUCAACAGUUUCAAUAAAAUGUUCGAUGAAAUACACAAAACACAAACUUGUUGGGUUGUGAGUGAUGAACAGCUUCAAUCUGAGCUUAGAGUUUCUAUAUCGAACAUGGUAAUUCCUGCAUACCGGUCGUUUUUAGGCCGGUUCAGUUCAGUUUUUACUCCAGGGCGACAAACUGAGAAGUACGUAAAGUACCAGCCGGAAGAUAUUGAAACGAAUAUAGACGAACUAUUUGAUGGAAAUGCAGCUCCAGCGGGAAGAAGGAGAGUAUAA